AGGAAAGUUCAACAUUCCCAAGUUGAUUGACUAUGGGAACGUAUGGUUUGGAUCUACAGUACGAAAUGGUCAAAAUGCAGUGUUCAAAUCAUUAAAUACAUCAAUAUCUGAGAAUCGUUUUCAAGUGAAGGUCACAUAUGCAACAUCAAGAAGAGGACGAGGACGAAUGACAUUUUCUAGAUCAGAAACGUAUGUGUUUUUGGAACCAGCAAAAGAUGAACAGUUUGUGACGUUAGAUGAGCUUAAAGAGAAAAUCAAAGGAUGGUUGGAGAGAUGGCCUAAGGACUUGGAAAUGCCUAUGGACCUUACCAAAUUCAACAAUAAUCUUGAGGAUGCUGUAGAUCACCUUGUCAAAUUUGCUUGUGAACUUGAAUUAGGUGGUGGGACAGGUUCUUUACAGUGGUAUGAGGUUGAUCUUGAGUGAAAUUGGAUGAAUCCACUUUUGGACCUAGGUACUAGAGACUCAUUUCUUUCAUUUAAUCAGUAAAAAGGUUGUGUUGUAUAUUUCUAUAUUGUAUGCAAAUAAUAUGUGAUAAAUUGGUUGUCUAUUAUAGUUCAAAUUAAAUAAAUUUUGAUUUCAUAAUUUUAUGUUUAUUACAAAUAAAAGUUUUCUAAAAAUAUCAAGAAUGUUUAGUUUAUUAA